AUGUCACCGCUGAAUCACGCACCAACGCAGCACCCUACACGCUGCGAAAUGGCAACCGGACCACUGCUGCAACAAAUAAGCCCACAACAUACACAGCAACAAUUUCAGCCGCUUCAGUUGCAACAACAGCAACAUCAACAUGUACAUCAGCAGUUACCCUCAUUUCAUCCACAAAUAAAUUGCGUUGCUACGCUAGCGUCUGCAAAUCACAGUGCCACCUGUUUUGGUGGACACUGCACGGCUGCAACGGCAGUUGCACCGGCAAUGUCCACAACGCUCCUUACAAUGCCUACUUCAUUUACUGUGCCGCCGCCACCUACACCUCCACAGGCUCCGUCUAUGCUAGCGAUGUCGCAAAUACCUUCAAAUGCACUUAUGCCGAGCAACAACACUUCAACAACACCUACAACCUCAGCUACGACUUUAGCCACAUCAGGCCAAACACAACAAUACGCCGCUUCAAACUGGUUAUGUGGCAGCUACCCUACGCCUGUCACGUCGACCUUGUGUUCGACAGUGGCGACUACUACAAAUGCAUCAACGAACAAUCAAAUGUAUUUGUUACCCAUUAGUUGUCAGAUGCCUAACUUUAUGCAGGUGCCUACGAUGACACCAACAGCGGCGCCCACAGCGGGUGCAACAUUUGGUUGUGCGCCACUGGUAUCGAACAAUGCAGUGCCACCUACUGCUGCGCCUGCGUCGACUCCGCCACAUUCGACUGAACAUUCCUGUCCGCAUGUGCAGCGCCCUGUAGCACCACGGUUACCACGUACGUUACCGCACGUGCGUCCUUUUGCCUCCACACCGAUUAAAGGUAUAAAGGGUGUAUUUGCUCAGCGUUCCAAGGAAGUUAAGCGCAAAGUAUUGCCUUUGCGUGAAAUUGCAGCAGCUGCCAUAUCAAAAUUUCAAAAGAAUGGAAAAUUGGCCACAAAUAUUCCGCUACUCGAAACGUUACGCAACAACAAUUGGCUUGAAGCACUGUCAGCGGCAAGAGACACCAGCAGUGUUGGUCGUGGUGGUGGUGGUGUUGAUGAUGUUGCAAGCAAAAUGAAGGCUGAGUUGAAAAGAAUCAGUGGGGCGCUCCGUACCACACCUACUCUAGCACUUAACGCUAUGCUGAAUGUGGCACCCGUGGACAUUGUAGGAAACUUUACCACUGCACGCGCCGCAAUCAGACUAAGCGUUACAACCCGAACAGCAACAGUAGCCACUGUCGCGCCAGUAAAAAUGUUGGCGAUGCCGACUCUCAUGAUGCCAGCCACUGCACAAAUGACGAUCAGUAGCCAACCGUUGUCGGUGGGUGCGCCGCAUGCCAAGCCCUAUGAAACCAAACUGUUGACAAUCCAUCAAUCGCAUAUGCAGCAGACGCAUCAUCAGAAUAAUGCUGUUGUCGCUGUCAGCAAGCAACAGCAGCAGCAGGCACAACAACAAGCUGCUGCCGCUCAGCAAAUGUCAGCCAAUCAACAGGCCGUUGUACAGCAGCAACAACAACAGCAACAGCAACAGGCCGCACAAGUGGCACAUCAGCAACAACAAGCAGCUGUUGUGGCACAACAACAGCAACAACAAGCUGCUGCCGCUGCAGUAGCCCAACAUCAUCAGCAGCAAGCCGCAGCCGCUGCUGCAGCAGCUGCUUGUGUGGCACAGCAACAGGCAUGUGUAGCAGUGCAACAACAACAACAGCAACAGCAAUAUCAGAUACAUUCGCAACAACAAUCGCCGCAGCAGGUGAUGAGUAGCAGCUCGCCAAAGCAAGUCUGGUGGCCAACACUCGAGAAAAGAACAACAGUAAAAUGCCUAGAAAGUAUACAAAGGGGUGCUAGUCUCUGCAUAAGCGGGGCACUAAAGACUCCGCUCACGGCAGCGAUGAAUGGCAUGCUGCACUUAUUACCGAUUGAGGCUUACUGCAAACAGCUGGCGGCGUAA